AAUUGUAAUUCACUAUGCAAUUGUACUACAGUCAAGAAGGAAGGUGAAAAUUAAUUGGAAACUCAACCCAAAAAAGAAAGAAAAAAAAGAAAAAUAUGGAUCAAAUCAGAUGAUAGAAUGAUUCCUUUCCCUCUUCAGACCGCCCCUUGCUCAUUAGCAUCCUCUUAUUUUAUUUGGUUUAUUUUAAAAUUUUUUUAAAAAAAAAAUUAUUUUACUUCUGGGCUUUUUCCUCUUUCCCAUCAAUUUCGGACUCUUUGUGCGACACAAACACGGACAGAAUUUAGAUGCCUAGAUGUCUUAUCUUAUGCAAUACAUACAAUCCCUUAUUCCUCUCGAAACAAAUAUAUGUAUAACUUAUAACAAAAAUUCCUGCGCAAACCAACACUUAGUACAUUAUAAUUAUAAUACAUACCCUGAACUCCACACUGGGGUACAGACAUAGGUAUGCGAUGUCCGCUGGACUCCCUUUUUCAGGGUUCCUCAACACUCUCCAAACCACAGUUCAUCCCAUACUCGACCUGUGGUUGCAUGCAUGUCACCCACCUGCGUCAAACACAAAGCUGCAGGACUUAUAGGACCACAUUGCGUAGUCAGAUGAUAUCAACCUGCAUACAGUAAGUAAUUGGUGUAUGUACCUUCUAGGGUGUUACAAUCUGUAUCUACCUCUACUUCUUGUUCUUUUUCUUUACGUUUUGGUGGGGCCUCAUGAAUCCUCUGCUUUAUAUUUAUUUUUUUUAACGUUCUGAGACAUUGGUACUGUUUGGACCACGAGGCUAUCUUGACUGUUUAGGUGGCUUUGAACACAGUAUCCUUGAGGUAUUUAUUCUUUGAUUAGUGGAUAUAUUUAUAAUGGAAUGAUCAUACAGAAAGAAAGAUAUUUUCGUCAGUUUGUGGAUCGCUAUUUCUCCCAUGUCCUCUAGCUCAGUU